UAAGUGUUGAGCUUUUAAUGCUCUUAUCACAAGUUGUUAUUCGUUGGAAUUUCCCUAUAAAUGCAGAUAUUUUUAAUAGUAUCUUUUCAUUUUCACAGUUCUCUGAGAAAAUAUAAUGUCCGACGAUGAAGAAUUUUAUUCUGAAGAUUGUGCAGGUGAAAACCUAUUUACAAGUUUGUCCUGUGGGGAUAUCUAUCGAGCCCUGGGUAUAAUACUGUCGGACACAAAUGUUUUUAUGCAAUUCUUCACAGUUUUCAUUAACAUUUUACAUUUGAUAGUUCUAUUUCAAAAAGAGCUACGAACCGGUGCAAUUUAUAUUUUGAUGAUCGGAAUUUGUUUGGCAGAUAUUAUCGGUUAUUUACUUGAUUUUUUCAACGUUGCCUACGAAAGAACGUGGAUUAGCACAAUUCCGUUUUACACCAACGUUUAUUGCUUACGUUAUGAUUUGGUUCGAGUUAGUUUUGUAGAUUUUGUCAGUAUAUUUGUGCAAAUGGCACGACCAGUUGCGGUUUGGCUGGCAAUGAUGAUGGCGUUGAUCAGAACUUUGUCUGUAUUUUUUCCCAUGAGCAUUUGGAUUCAGAAGCUUGCGAAAGCAAAAACUGCAAUUUUCAUGAGUGUAGUAGUGUUCACAUUCUGGAUACUGUGGUAUUCAUCCCAAUAUUUUACUAUGACAUUACGCUGGUACCCAGAUGUCUUGAGUAAGGCUUGCACUGAUUACGAAGAACAUCGCAACUUGACCCACUACGUUCUGGUAGUUCCAAAAGCUAGCUUCAGCCUAGUCUUUAAGCGUGAAAAACUGGAACCUUUCAUUCGCUUUAUUCCAGCCAUCUUAUAUCCAAUCUUAACAAUCACAUUACUAGUUCAACUGAGAAUUAUAAAGAAAAAACGAGAAAGUAUGAAUAAGAACUUGUUGAAUGAUCGAUCAGAUAAUACAACAAAGCUCAUUCUUUUUAUGACUUUAUUCUUUAUGAUAUCGGAGGGCUUGGAAGGUAUCGGAGAUUAUAUCCUUCAAAAAAUUCUAGCUACCCCUAACUAUCAAGAUUCAAUGGUCGACGUAAUAUCAGCGCUUGGAGUGGCUCAAUAUUUUUAUACAAAUCUCCGCACAUUAAAUGGAAUAUCUCAUGCAUUCAUAUGUUUUGCAAUGUCCUCGCAGUAUAGGGACACAGUGAAGAGAAUGCUCUGUUCCUCGAAAAAGCAGCGACGAGGACAGAAUAUACUGGUCAUCUCAACAGUGUCGGUUAGCAGCUCACACAAUUCCAGUAGAUCAAGGACAUGAACGAUUUUAAUUUUUGCUAUAUAAUACUAUGUAUUUCUUAGUUUUUUAAUUGUUUCAAAUUUCUUACAGAAAUAACACGUUUAUACUCGGUA